AUGUCGACGACUAAGGUUCUGCUCGUGGGAGCGACUGGUGAGACGGGUGGCUCCAUCGCUAACGGUCUCCUCGAGGCUGGCACCUUUGAGGUUUAUGCUCUUAUUCGACCUAGAUCCGUGGCCAAGCCGGCCCUGACUGCGCUCCAGGACCGGGGUGUCAAGGUCCGCCAGUGCGACAUGACUGCGUCCGAGGAAGAACUCCUUGAGGCCCUGAAGGACAUUGAUGUCGUCAUCAGCACCGUUGGUCCAGCGGACCAACUCGAGCAGCUGCCUCUUGCAAAGGCCGCCAAGAAGGCUGGGGUCAAGCGGUUCGUGCCUUGUGGCUUCAUUCCCGUCACCCCUCCAGGAGGAGUGAUGUGGCUUCGUGACCAGGUGAGUAGGGACAGAGUGACCUUUCCAGGGGACUGUCGCACGAAAGAGAUUGUCUACAACCACAUCAAGCAACUAUGGCUUCCUUACACCAUCAUCGACGUUGGCUGGUGGUACCAGUUCUCCUACCCCAGACUGGCCUCCGGAAAGAUUGACUACGCCAUGACCAUGUCCAACGAUGAGAUCAUCGGCGAUGGAAACACCCCCAGCGCCCUCACCGAUCUUCGGGAUAUCGGCCACUACGUCGCCAAGAUCAUCUCCGAUGAGCGAACGUUGAACAAGAUGGUGUUCGCGUACGACGUCGUUCUGACCCAGAACGAGAUCUACGAUAUGCUGGAGAAGAUCAGUGGAGAGCAGAUCGAGCGCAAGCAUGUCUCUGCGGAAGAAAUUCUAGACCGAGUCGCCUCGGCCCGCGCCUCGAGUGAGACAUACCCGUACGACCCUGCCAAGUACGUUCCACGAUACAUCGCCGAGUACCAGCUGUCGUGGGGUAUCCGUGGAGACAACAAGCCCGAGUACGCCAAGUACCUGGGUUACUUGACCUCCAAGGAGCUCUACCCCGACUUCAAGCCCAGCAACUUUGAGGACUACCUCAAGCACGUAUUCUCUGGCUCUGCCAAGGGAAUCUACACGGACCGGAUCAAGCGAUUCGAGUAA